CAUCGCAAAAAUGACGACAACAUGCCAUAGUAGACAUAGUACCCUCUCUGUUAUAUUAACAAAUUAAGAUUGCAAAACAUUUAAAAAAAAACAACUACACUCCCCUCAAAGCCCAAAAGAUAUGUCUACCUUUGCUUACUGCGUUAAGGAGCAAAAGCCCUGCGUUCGAUGGGUCAAGAAAUAUUUUAAGGAUUGUCUCUGCAAUCUAAAUGAUGAUAUCUCCUUUGCUUUCGGGUUAACGAGCCUACUAUGCUGGGGAAUCGCAGAAAUCCCUCAAAUCAUCACCAACUUCCGCACCAAGUCCUCCCAUGGCGUUUCCGUUGUUUUCCUCCUCACUUGGGUUGCUGGGGAUGUGUUUAAUCUCGUCGGAUGUCUUCUGGAACCUUCAACGCUGCCCACUCAGUUCUACACUGCUCUGCUCUAUACAGCAAGUACUGUAGUUUUAGUGUUGCAGAGCAUCUACUAUGAUUACAUACACCGAUGGCGGACGAGUAGAAAGAUCAGAGAAAACCAAACGGUUGAAGAUGAUCAAAAGAAGCCUUUGAAAUCCAACAGGGGUGAUGCAGGAAUUCCCAUACCUAAGGCUUCACCAAAUUCCACUCCUCGCCGAGAGUUUUACUAUACGUCAGCAAGAUCCUUCGGGAGUGGCACUCCACCAUUUUGGACUUACAUGAGGAUAGCUAAAAGUGGUCCUUCAGCCAUGACAAUUGACAGCGAUUCAUCAUCAGAUGAUGAGACAGCAGCCGCCCCUGUUUCAUCCAGGAAUCAUGCAGCUAGCCUGCCUAGGCCAAUCCCGAGAUCCGCUGUAAGUUAUGGAACAUUUCUAGCUGCAUCUGUCAAUCUGCCCUUACACGGUCAGGGUCUUAGUGAAACUUAUGCAGGAUUUAUUGGGGGAAGACUGUUACAGCUGGAACAUGGGUCAGAGCACAGUGCCUUUGGGCAAUGGUUGGGAUGGCUGAUGGCUGCCAUAUACAUGGGUGGCCGAAUCCCUCAAAUCUGGCUAAAUAUUAAAAGAGGGAGCGUGGAGGGCUUGAAUCCACUAAUGUUCGUCUUUGCACUAGUAGCUAAUGUCACUUAUGUGCUAAGUAUUGUUGUGAGAACCACUGAAUGGGAUAGCAUCAAGGCUAAUAUGCCAUGGUUGCUAGAUGCUGUAGUCUGCGUGGCACUCGACUUAUUUAUCAUAUUGCAGUACGUUUAUUACAGAUGCUUUAGAAAGAAUGCUGCAGAGAAUGGAGAAGAUUAUGGAGACUACAUGGAGGCAAGUAAAGAAGCUAUCCCAUGAUUAUGUAUAGACGUGCUGUCCUACUGCAACAAUAAAGUCCCACGAUUAUGUGCCUACGUUUUAAGUGUAUAAUUAAGGUUGAGGAUUCCUUGUUCGCUGUAUGAAGAUUGGCAAUCCUUUUGAACUAUUUUCGAUUCUCUGAGACUAAGAAUCUCAUGCACUAGCCCUGAUUAUAUAUGUGGAU